UGUGGGUGUCCAAGCUUCUUGUGAGGUGACUGUUACAAGGUGGCACGCUUUCAAUUCAUAAGACAAGAAAUCAGACAGAAAUGUGACCAUAGGGUGACAUGCGGGAAGCAUCUGAGCAGUUUGCAGAACUGAGUACUUCCUGUUACGUUAGAUGAAGUAGUAAUCAGACUGGCCAAAGAGCAACAACUGAUCAAUCCUGAGCUUUCCAUCAGAAAGCACCUACAGUCGACAAGUCAGUACUGCGAGACUGUCCUCUGAGAGUGGUUGAAAUGAGCUGAACUUUUAUCACUCUUCGUCCUCACCCGUGCUCUGUUCCACCUGUAGAGAGAUUUAGUUUAACGCAGCUAUGACACUCCUCAGCAUGAAGACAUUUCCAGCCUUUUUAUGGGGAAUAUUCAUCGUGGCUGCUUCCAUCCCAGAAACCAGUGGUUCUCCCUACACUGUUGAGCCCAACAAGACAAGCGCCCAGCUGACAACUGCACUUGCGUUUCACAAUAAAACAGAUUCACACCCUGCAGUGUGGGGAACAACUCACAGACCUGCAGCUACUACCGUUUCUGCAGCAGCACAUAGCACAGUGCUAACCACAGUGGAAACUAGCACGGCAGCUAUCAGUAACAAAACUAACAGCUCCAGUGACAGUGCAGUCCCUUUGGUUCCUACAAGCCCUGCAGCAGCAGCCACAAGCAACUCCGCUCCGCAGUUACUUCAUACCUCCACAGCUUUGAUUGACACUCAACCCUCCCACCAAGUGACCAUGAAAGAAACAACAACACAUGCAGAGGACGGGUCCCAUCCACAGUCAACCACAGCGCCUACAGACACCACUGCUCCUGCAACAUUCUCAUCAACAGCAGCUGUGUCUUCUCCACAGCCCACAUCCAUCCCUGAGUCUGAAAUGACAUCAGUGUCGUCAUCCACUUUCUCUUCUGAGAAAUCUACUGCAGCUCCAGGCACUCAGAACCUCAGCAGCCUUUCAGUUUCUACUGCAAGCCCAUCAACGGCAGAGUCGAUCUCGGAGACAACACGUGUGCCACAGGUGUCCACCUCUUUGCCCCCCACAACAGCCAAGACACUGAAGACCAGCCCUGAGAUUUCAUCUGCAACUCAGUCCGUUUCUGCUUCGAGUUCUAUCUCCACACAGUCAAACGCUACCUCUACGUCAACUGAAUCUCCCAACUCCACCACUCCAAUAAUCCCUGUCCCCCGCAGGCCCACGGUGUUACCACGUCCAAUAACUAAGUCAGCAUCAGCUACUAAAUCGCCACACGGUGAAGUCUCAAAAACAACCCCCAGCACCGAGGUUCAACCCUGCUUGACCCAGAACGUGGUGAAGCAGUGCCUCAUUGUCAUCGCCUGCCUGGCUUUGGUGUGUACAAUCUUUAUCUUUUCUACCAUUGUCCUCUGCGCCAAACUGUCGUCGAGGAAGCACAAGCGCAAACCUCAAAAGGAAACGGAAAUGAUGUGCAUUUCUGCUCUGCUGCCCGAGAGGAGUUACAACUAUACGAGACAGCACAAUCCAGUGCCCAAUGGAGUCCUGGUGAUCCCAAGGGCUGAAGACAGCGACGACGAGGUGGGAGAUAACCUCACUCUCAGCAGCUUCCUUCCAGAAAAUGACCGCUACGUGUAGAUGGAUUUUACUAUGCUUUCAUCUUUUUGCUAUCAGUCAGCGUGGAAAUAGCUGCUAUUUGAAUAAACUCCUGCUUCCCCUUUGAUAUUAGUGGUUUUGCUUCAGUACCUGCCCUAUUUCAGUGGAGGAAGAGAGAAACCACAAACAGACAAACAUUCACGGUUUCAUGUGCAAGUGCCUGUAACUGCAUGUGGUAUUUGACAAGGUCUAGUAGUGAACUCUGUAUUUUGGGCCAAGGUCAGUGCUUUUUGCAUGACUUUAGCCGCCACAGGAUGAAGAGUGAUCAAAGUUUGUUUUUUGUUUUUUUACAUCCGGAGCUGAGCCCUGCUGGUAUUUCACUUUAUGACAGGGGACAGGAAGGCUUGCUGUGCAAAGGGAUAUUAUUGCUCUGUUCAGACACUGUUCAGUUUACAAGAACUAUCCAGGUGGCUGAACGCUUAAAGGGACAGUUCAGCCUCAAGUCAACUUUGCAUGUUGUUUGUCCACCUAGACUGGCCUGAUGUGCCAGUGUUUGGAGAUAUUUACUGUAGAGUUGCCUUCCUUGUCUUGAAUAUACCAGAACCAGGUUACAACUGACUUCUGUUUUUCUUUUUCUGACCAAAGCUACUCAUUGCAAAUGUCUUUUUUCAAGAAAGCAUCCUCAAAUGGUGUUGUGAGCAGUUUUAUGCAGGAACUAUGUCCUUUCGACUGAACUGCAUCAGCCAGUCAAAAGUCAAUAUCACACCUCAGCUAAGGGGGAAACAAUCCGUGUUUACAUCCUGUCACAACGUCAAUGUGCAGUGGCACGCUUCCUUCUGCAAAGAGAUGCAAUUGGCUGGUGCAGUUUGGAAAAAAGAAAAUGUAACUACACAAAACUGCUCAUUAUGUUGGAUUUAUUUUCCAUAAGUGGAUCGUGAUGACUGAUAAGAGCCAGGGAGGUUUCAAAGGCAGUUUUUGAAGCUUUGAGCACAAUAAUUUUAAUAUCUAGCACCAUUAUAUUAAAUAAAAAAGUGAGAUAAGAGAAAAAACAAGAGAUGGAUGGAUGGAUGGAUGGAUGGAUGGAUGGGUGGAUGGAUGGAUGGAUGGAUGGAU